CAACAACACAAUACAUAGGAACCAAAAGCAAAUAUUAUAAAUAUAAUGAAGAAGGCGGCAGAGUUCGUGAAGAAUAUAAUAAACAUGUUGGCUGGACUUGCGAAAGACAAGACGAAGGAGCUAAAGAGGAAGACAAGAGCCUUUAAGACCCGUCUUGUAAUCUUCUCGCUACUCCAUAACAGAAACAUGAUGGUGAGUUCGUGGUCUCACAAGCUCAAGUCCAAACCAACAUCAAGAAACCUUGAAGAUGGUAGUAAAGAUAAAACUAACAUGGUGGUGGUGUAUAGCCACAACGCCAUGUCUAGCCCUCCUGCUGCCUCUCCUCAAUAUGUACGAUAUAUAGAUGAGGAAGAUGAAGAAGAAGAAGAUGAAAAGUAUCCAGACCUCAGACACUCGCUGUUUGAGGCAGAGGGUUCAGUGAUAGACAUGGUGAAACACUCAAAGGAGGACAAGGGAGAGGAGUUUCGGUUGGAAGAUGAGAUCGACAACGUGGCUGAUCUUUUCAUUACCAGGUUCCACCGGCAGAUGUGGUUGCAGAAGCAGCUUUCUCUCGAGAAUAUUCAAGACAUAGCAGCCUGAUUCUUAUCUUGUGAUAUACAUAUAUAUACAUAACGCCCCUUCUCUUUUUCUGAGGGGUGAAGGACGCAAUGAUCCUUUUAGAUUGCUUAUUAGCAUAGUGAAAUGAAAAACAGGACGUAUACACAUGUACGUUUCUUGAACAAUGAAUAAAGUUGUUUUCUUUGUCGUUGUUUUGUAAAAUAGUUGACCACCACAUAUAUUGACUACGUACACCACAGGUCCACAAUGACCGUUAUGUAUUGU